CUUUAAUCAGUUGGUAAACAUGGCGGCCGCCAGUAGCGCCCUCCCGGACGUGUAACCAUUGUCAAAAAUAAUAAAAUCGUGCAGUUGUGAGAGUGCUCUCCCCCAAAGAAGCGUGCUAGUGCCUCUGAUAUUCCUCAAAAGUGAUAAACCUCAACCGAAGUGAGCCCCUGAUUCCCCGAUAAAAGCUACCGAUCAUUCACUCAAUCAUCAAAAUCCCCUCCAUUAAGUUGCAAAGCUUCCCUCUAUCAACAAAUAGAGACUGAUCCACAAUUCUAAAGCACCUAUAAUGGUGUGUGAGAGUACAGUGUGCCUCGCUUCGUGUUCUGACAAUGAGCCGCCACGGUGACUGUGAUAAGUGAACCUCUCCAUCGUAUUCCCUCACGCCUCGAUUAACAAACGCGCAGUGGCAGUGGAGAAAGAUAGACAAAAAGGGUGUAGAAAAGCAAAAAAAAAAAACGAAGGAGAGUAUCAAUUGAAAUCAACCCAUCAGUGAGAUAAUAAAAAUCAUCAUCGAUGACUCCUUAGUCCAGAAAUUCUGUCAAUAAAACGGCAAGUGAUAGUGGCAUCAACGUAGCAGUGAUUAUUAUCAUUAAAUUCGGUUUUUAUCAUAAUUAUGUUCAAUGUACCGCCCAAGUUCUACGAGCUGUGUCGCCUUUGUUUAUCGUCGGACGGUGUCAAAUUGUCGAUAUUCGAGGAGGAAGGGGCACAGCGUAAUUUUGCCGACAAGAUUCUCACUUGUCUAUCGAUAACGGUGAACGAUGGCGACUCAAUGCCACCUAUUAUCUGUCACCGUUGUGUGUACAAACUGGAUAUACUGCACAAUUUUCGGGAAAUGUCACGUAAAUCCGAUGUCAUACUCAAACAGUACCUGGACUAUGCCAAGCAGUUGUCAUCACCAGACAACCAGGACAAGUCUUUCUCCACUGCCAAAAUAGCUGAUCUGAGCCCACUACAAUCAUUUUUACAACUCAACAAAAUCCUCUUCAAUGAGGAGCCAAAUUCACCCGCAAGUAUCAAUCAAAAUGUAUUACCUCAAACACAGACCCAUCAUCUCGAAUUAAGGGCCAACGAUGUGCCUGAAUCUGAUAGUCUUAAGUGUGAGCCCGAGGAUGACACAUACUCCAACAGUUCCGAUCCAGAUAGAUUGGAAAUUGAGGAUCGCGAGGACAACGACGAUGAUGCCGAUGAGAAUGGGUAUGACAUGACUGUCAAACGUAGGAAAGUCGACGAUAAUUAUGAUGAUUGUCAGAGAGAGUCACCCAAUCGCAGUCCAGUUAAUAGAAUGGACACACCUGAGAGCAAUUGCUCCGAUACUAACAUCGAUCAGGAGACUACCAAGUUGUGGCAGGCACUUGCGAACAAUCGAAAUUUAGAGAUAACAAGGACUAAUGGUGACAAAUUAAACAAUGGAUUUUCCGGUGAAGCUACCAAUCUCCUUCGAUCACUCAUUAACAACAGACAAAUUGGUAUAACAGCGGUUGACACUGGCAGAAUUUCACCUCAGAUUAAGUUUUACAGAGAUACACAGGGGACGGCGAUGGAACGGACCGAUUGUUCCAUUUUGGGGAAUCGAACGAAUAUGCAAUCGAUCGAGAAGCUCGAGAAGAGUGCAUCGAUGGAUAGUAAUCCAUCCAGUCCAGCCAGUAUUGGGAGAAAAGAAACAAAAGGCAGAAGAAAACAGAGUUACCCAAGUAAAGCACCAACGAGUCCAGACACGAUAAAUUAUCAGCAGGAUAUUAGUGAGGAGCAGGCUCAAAAUUUCACAUCCUGGUCGAAUAAGUUGAAAAGCAAGGCUGAAGAACAGAAACAUCAGUUCGACCAGCAGAGUGGCAACAUGACAAAGAAAGUUGACAUGUCCUGUACAAAUUGUGGAACAAUGACGACAACUAUUUGGCGGCGUAAUAUGAAUGGAGAGAUGGUCUGUAAUGCGUGUGGCCUUUACUACAAAUUGCAUGGUGUCAAUAGACCCCAUACCAUGAGGAGGGACACCAUCCACACUCGCAGACGUCGGCCGAAAGGUGAAAAACCGACGAGACAUCGAAAAAAAGAGGCAGCUAUAGCGCCAGCCCAAGCUGAUCAGAUGGAUGCAGAAAGUGCAGACAUGCUGGCAGCUCUACGUCGUCAGAUUCAACCCCACCUGAUGAUGGCAGCUCUCACCCCAUCGCACAUGUCCUCAGGACAUCCACCGACAAGCCAACUCAAUUAUCCCCUUCCCCUCUCCACAUACAUGAUGCACGUGAGUACACCUCACAUGUAUUCAGUAGAUCUAGUUAGUCGUGUUACUCGUGACGGUACAAAUGGAAGUACAAUAAAUUCGAGUGAUGCCCUAAACUUUGCACAGCACGUUAAACCAGAGCCAAGAGAACGCCAUGAUUCUGAGGAUAUGGAGGAUUGUGACGACGAGAAUGUCUCUGAUGUACCACUUAAUCUAGUGUCAACGUCAUUAUCGGAAGAGGCCCACUGAUCCAGUGAAUACGUUGAGAUUAUUGCUCUCUUGUUACAUUUUAAUGUCAUUUAUUUACGUUUUUUUUUCCACACAUCGACAUUGCCUUAUUAUAUUAUUUCGUUACUCAUUUUUACUCUUUCAUAGUUAAACAUAUGAAAUUCAUGCUCUCUACAACAAACUAUCAUUCACGAAUAUUAAAGGAACGAGGGAAUUAGGAUUUUUUUUUCAUUUAUGGAAAAAAAAACUGUUCAAUUUUGCGUGAUUUUAGAUACGAUUGAUCAUUGUAUUUGACUUUGUCUCCACUGGCAUUACUCAAUUAACGAGCUAACUCGGGCCCGUGGUGCAGAGCGCAUUAUUUUAAAAAAUUUGAUAUUAAAAAAGCAGUAUUAAAUGCGAAAGGAAAAGAGAAUCAAAAAACGUUUAACGAAAGUCGUGGGAAGGAACAAUAUCAUAAAUGUUAAAAUGAUAUACUUAACGAAAGAUAAAUAUUUUUUAUAAAGCUGAACAUUUUUCUACGAGUUGAUGGGAAUAACUAUGAAUUAAUUGCACAUAUACGCGCAAACUUGACCGCUGUUUUUUAUGCGAUUGAAAAUUCAGAACGUGUGGUUAAGGUUUACUUUUAAUUGGUACUGGGAUUAAUUGAAAUAUUUGAUUUUAAUGUAGGAGAAUCUCUGAGGCUUUUAUUUCACUUUCUCUUGUGUAAUUGGGGAACAAAUUUUAGGUGAUUGAACUAUUUAUUUUCGUUUUGUUCCACGGGCUGUUUAGCUGACAUUAAGAACAAUAAUACUCUUUUAACAUGUUUAUUUCUUUUCAAAUUUGAAUGAAGGUUUCAGCAGUAAAUUGGUCCAGUUUUAUUCGUUUUUUGGGCUUUAAUUGAAAUGCGAUUGCCUUUGUGACUCGCGGGAAAAUAAUGUCGUAUUUUCAGUUCUUAGGGUGAUCCGGGGAUUUUUUAAAGUUUAAUUGAUGAUCAAGGGAUGUGGUGAAAUGCAACUGAAAUAAUAAAUACAAAAUUAUUUUGGUAAUUAAUAGUUACAAGAGAUGAUGUCUAAAAUUUUGGGUAAUUUCCGGUAACAUAUUUUAUUUAUCUUACAAAGAGAGCUUCUUCUGAAAAAUGAACAUAUUUUUUUACUUCAUGGUUUUAGAAGCAAACUUCAGAGGAAAUAACCGGUACAAAAAUUUCUUAAACACACCUAUCAUCGACGUAUUCAUACAAUUAAUUGAUAAAAUUGUAUCGUGUACAUUUCAAAACUAAUUGUAUGAAGAGAAAUCAUCCACGAGCACAUGAAUGAACAUGAUAGCUCGAGUAAUUUGCCCUGAAAAAUGUUCUAUGACAUUCUCUUCGCAGUUAAUGAAUGAGAUAUAUAAAAAUCGUGUAUUUUACCGCAUCCCUACAGAAUCAUUAUUAUUUGCCAGUGUCAAUGUGAUUCGCCAUACAUGACUUUUACCACAUAAAGUUUCUAUUUCUCAAUGAUAAAAUAAUUUCUACCCCCGAGAGAGAAUUUAAAGAGCGGAGAAUUUACUUACUGAGUACAUUUAAGAAAUUUAUAAAAAGAACAAAAUGGAACAAAAGUGUAGAAUUUUUAUAUACGCUAAACAAGUGCCGAUAACUUUUUUAAAAUUGUAUUUAAAGAAUGUCGAUCAAAGACAAUGCGAGAAACCGUGGCAAUUAUUUCUCAAAAUAUUGCAAGGUCAUUCUAAUUACUGUUGUGUACUUAAAAAAAAAUGAGAAAUUUCGUACAUGCCCGUUGUGCUAAUACAAGCAACAAAGAAAACGAACAGGAAACCUAAGCAGUAAUGUUAAAUAACAGUUAAAGAUGAAGAAUACUUACAGGAUGGCCAGAAAAAUAUGCAGGAAUUAAUAAUGAUUAAAUAAUUAAAUGAUAUUCGCUUUGGAGAUCGAUUGAAUCACAAAUUUACACAGCCAAGUCGUUCAGGAAUAAUUUCAAGUACCAUUGAAUUUCAAUUCCAUCGCUGAUAACCCCAAACAUCAUUAAAAUAUCACUGUUGAACAGAUUGAAGAGACGAAUAUUGAACAAUAAAAUAAACCAUUGAACAGUAAAAUGUAAACUAAAGGUGACCAACACAGGAAAAUGAUACAACAAUGGCCAGUGCAUUUACUCAUGUAACCGUUAAUUAUUCUAAUGUCAUAAUACCUAAAUAACUUUGCCAAAAAUAGAUUUAGUCUUUGUAACAUAGAUAUAGUUAAGGGCAUCGAACAAGACAAAUUAACAUUUUUUAUUCGUUAUUUAUCAAUCUGAACAACGAUGUUUCAAUGGUGGUGGUGUUAAUUGAGGGAAUUUGGAUGCUUAGGGAUCCUUGAGGGGACUUGGAUUAUUAGGGGGGUAGUUAUUCCAUCCAUGCAGCCUUAUUAAUUAAACAAACAGUUGUAUUGUGAAACAAAAUGUAUUUAUAUAUAUGAUAUUCUAUAUUAUGUGCUCGUAACGAAUGAUAUUCUGGCCACAGACGUAUACGAACAUGAGGAGAAAUUUCAUUUUUUUCAUGAGAGAUUGAUUAAUUUCAUCUCGAUGAUUGGAAAUUAAUUAAUGGAUAAAUUUCGAGAUAUUCGAAUUUUUGCAGUGAAAUGUGAUUCUUCCAUUGUGCACUUCCUCUCGUUAUUCGAUUCAACUAUUCGUGUGCAUUAUUUCGUUGGCCAUAAUUUAUUUAGAGAAAGUUUGUGAAUUAGAUGAUUGUUGUAUUGAAGUUGAUUAUUCCAUUUUAUUUAUUGGCAUUACCUAAUUAAUGAGAAGUUUAAAGUAUUUGUUUGUUUGUGAAAAGAUUUAAUGACUUCAUCUGUCUCUCAAUUUAAAAAUAAAUAGACAAUUAAUAAUUGUGGUGUUAUCUUGAUGAUAAGUGAUUUGAAAAGAAUAUUCUAAAAGGAUUUUUUUAUAGUUUAUGAAAUUUUUUAUUGAAAAUUUUUUCGUAUGUUUUCGCUUAAAAUGGAGUAAUUCAACUUCAAUAAAAAUGAAACCCAAAAAUCACAGCACAUAACAAAGACCAAAUGGCUAUUACCGCGUGACUCUGCUAAUAAUGGACAGUUUUAUUCAUCAGGCAUUUUUGAUGACUCUUGUCACUAUUCGAAUCGUAAACACGUUAUUUUAUAAUUUUUCCAUCUAGAAGACAAUUGCCUUAAAUAACUAAAUCCGUUCUUCUACUUAAUUUCGUUUAUUCCUGUAGGGGGAAAUUGGAAAGAAUCAUUAGGCUUUCAUAGUGUAUAAAUGUAGAAUUUGAGGCUCUCUACUAAUGAAAUUAAAAUGAUAUUUUUUAUAUAACAUACGAUGACCGAGUAUUGCUAUUUUACGAUUGAUAUUAAUUGAAACAAAACGAGAAAAAAAAGUAAAAAAAAACCAUAUGAAUAUAUAUAAAUAUACGAUAGUGUCGUUAAUAAUUAAGAAUUUAGUUGCAAGAAUGCCAUGGGUUUGAUAGUGAAACAAAAAUCAUUUCUCUGGCAGUGGUAGUGAAAGGCUUCGUAUUACAUAGAAAAAACAUGUGGUUUUUCUUUCUCUCUCUCUAUUUUUUUUUUUACAUCAGUAUUCCACACCUUUGAUUUUAGUCUUUAAGUCUCAUUUCGAAUGAUGAACAAAACGAUAAAAAGCAUUACUUAAAAACGACAAAGAAAGGAAAAAAAACAAUUAAUUACUUAAUUAUUUAAUUACUUAUAGUUUCGUUUUUUUACAUCUGUUUUUACAGUCCCUCCGUUUUUAUUUAAAUAAUCGAUUGUAACUUAUUUGUCUCGUCUGUUCGCACCAACAUUUUUUUUGUCGAAAAUUUUGGCAGCAGCGACUGGCUUAAUUUAUUAUUAUGUUUAAUAUUAUUUUGUACGAGUGUAUUUUUUUCUUUUUCAUUAUUUUUUAAUCAUCAUCAUUAUAUCUGCGAUGAGGUAUCAGAUGGAAAUAGUCAUUUUUUGCAGUUUUUUUCUUAGGGGUAGAGGGAGACGGACGGUAAGGGGGAAAAGAAAUCAAGUGAUUUAAUUUUUCACAUAUUAUUUAUGUUGAAAUUAUUUCUGAGGAGGAGUUUCACAACAUUCUCAAGAUUGAAAUAAUUAGAUGUUCGCAUUCAUAUAGUGGAACCGAGAUUAUGUGGGUGAAAAUGCAUAAUUAAUUGAAAAAAUGUUGAAUUUGAUAUUUUGAAAAUGCUUCAUCACUGAAUUUAUAAUGAAAAUAAUUAUUUUAGUGCAUAGAAAUUUUGUACAGAAUUUUGCAAAGCAUUCGACACUCAUGAAUAUGGGAAAAAUGUGUAUAAAAAUGGAAAAUUGAUCUGAAUUCUAACAUGACUCAUGGCAUCUGUUCCGUCCGUCCAAGUGACAGCAAAAAUACUCUUAGCUAACUCAAAAUUGAAGGAAGAGAUCUUAAAUUAAUAAUUAAAUAUUAAAAUUUAUGGAACACGCUUUUCACAGAUUUUUAAUGAAAAAAAAAAACGAAAAACUCAUUCAUGUCACAUCGCGAGUAUUAAUCAGAAUUAAUUGACUGACUAUUAUUUUUAUACCAUACAUACUUGUAAUUAAAAAUUGAGAUGGACGAAUAUCCUGUGGGUUUGUGGAAUAAAUAAGUAAGUUUGGGAAUGCCUAGUUUUGAUCGAAUUAUAAAAAAGUGAUUUUUUGUUUUGUGCAAAAUUAUGUUUAUCAUGAUUUUUGACGCAAAAAACACGAGAUAGAAAAAGCCUUGACUCACUUCCUUGUUCCAUCUACUCACAGAAUAAAUGAAGUUAUAAUGUAAAAUUAAUUCGAAAAGUAAGAAGAAAUGAUAAAUUCUGCGAAUACUCCAGUGGAUAAUAAUUAGAAAUUAGAACUGUGAGUGCCCUGAUGUAUUUUGUAUAAAGAAAUAAUAUUGUUAAUAAUUGAAGACAAUUGGAGUUGCACUAUUCUCAUUGAACAAGAUCAAUACCCAAGAGAUGAAGAGAAAUGAAAAGGAAAAAUGUAAAAUAUGAUGUACGGAUAAAAAUACCCGUGUGCAAAGCGCAAUUGGGAAAGAUAUGAAGGAAAAAUCAAGGAGAAAAUCAUUUUUCAAACAAAAUAAUGGAAAAUAUGAGUAAGUUAGGUCAAGCUGAGUGUGGCCAACAGCUGUUGAGAUUAUUCAAGGUUGUGUGUAUCGUUAUAAGUAUUUUUUUGAAUUGUUGAAUAGUAAAUAGGAUGUAAGUAACAAUUUAAUGAAAUCAAACGACCUAUACCUUUGAUUACUCGUUUAUUUCCAUAAUUUGCGUAUUGCACGUACAUUUUUUUAUUUUCCAUUUCGUUUGAUAAUUCGCCACUGGGAAAUCAUGACGAGAAUUUUUUGUUGAUUUUUUUUAAAGAUAAUUCAGGAUAAUUCUGCGUUGAGGUUAGGAAACCUUGUAAUUUGAUAAUUACACUUUUGGUAAUCAUGAUAUUUUGAAAGUACGAAAUUAUUUACUUUGGACAUCCUGUGUGACUUCUUUUUGUCACGAUAAUUGAACCAUUAAUCUAUCUCAGUAAUAUCAUAAAACAAUUUUUGUAGCUAGCGAAAUUUUACCAAAACAAUUGUUGAUCAUGUUGUUGUCAUCUCAUCAUUGGAAAAAAAUCAAGAUAUGAAACUAGAAUUAUUACGUUUUGGUAAAUUAACCUGGAGUUACCUGAAUUAUCUCCCUUGAGAAUUGAAUUUUCUCCUGUACGUUUCAAUUUCAAUGUCAAUAUUAAUGGCAUCUCCCCUUUCCACCCAAACUUCAGUUCCAAAUCUCAACCUAAACUUUCAUUCAUGAGAAAAAAUGUAUUUUUCUUUCAUUCUCAAACUCGAUUUUAUGACAAUUUUUUUUUCUCGCGUAUUACUCGUAGAUGAUAAUGCUGUUAGACAUUUUAAGCUAUUUAUUUGGCUCCUGUAUGUGAUUUGUUAUGAAAAGAGAGAUGAAAAUUAUUUUCAGAAUGCUUAUUAAGAAAGUAACAUUGAAACUUGAAUAAAACAUUUUGAAGAAAUUGUACAAGUUAGUCACACCUGGGGCACGAGAAUUCACUCGACUUUUUUCACGCUAAUAAAACAAUGUAAUCUCUCUACAAUCAACAGAGUGGACCAAAAUUAAUGCUCAGAACGUAGGGGAUAUUUUAUUUAUUUUUUUAUACAAACGAAUUUGGAGGAGAUCAUUAUUUUCGGUGUCCCAGGUUGUGCGAGGGUCAGUUGACGGUUAUAUUACACGGGAGAAUAAUUUUCCGGGGCAUUGUUGUGAUACCACAAACGCAGCUUCAUUAAAUCUUUUUAAAAAUA